AUGUGGCGAGUGCACCACCUCAUCGUCCGCGCUUCUCUCGCGAUUCGCGCGACCCCAAGUUACGAGCGCUGCUGCACUCGCGCAUGCCCUCGUCGCCCGCGCGUCCCCUCGUCGCAAGCGUUUCCCCUCGCCACAGAGCUUGCCCUCAUCUCCCACGCUCACCCGCGCUUCCCACGCUUACCCGCGUUUCCCGCGCUUACCCCCGUCACCCACGCUUACCCGCGUCAUCCCCACUUACCCGCGCUUACCCGCGUUUCCCGCGCGUACCCGCGUUUCCCGCGCGUACCCGCGCUUCCCGUGCUUACCCGAGGUCACCCGCGCUUUCCCGCAUCAUCACCACUUGCCCACGUCUCGCGCUCUUUCCCACGUGUGAAAGGCUUACCCGAAUCUCCCCUUUUUCUUACCUCGUCGCUUGCGUUGCUCCUCAACGCCCUCGCCUCCCGUUGUCGGCUCUGUUCCCCCAUCCACACGCACUUCCACUUAUUCCCAUGUCUAUCCAAGUCGCCACUCCCCAUCGGUAGCGAAGGCCCCCACACACCACCAGCAUUCCCCACUCCUUCCUCCCUGCUUCCCCACUCCUUCCUCCCUGCUUCCCCACUCCUUCCUCCCUGCUUCCCCACUCCUUCCUCCCUGCUUCCCCACUCCUUCCUCCCUGCUUCCCCACUCCUUCCUCCCUGCUUCCCCACUCCUUCCUCCCUGCUUUCCCACUCCUUCCUCCCUGCUUCCCCACUCCUUCCUCCCUGCUUCCCCACUCCUUCCUCCCUGCUUCCCCACUCCUUCCUCCCUGCUUCCCCACUCCUUCCUCCCUGCUUCCCCACUCCCUCCUCCCUGCUUCCUCCAUCCCUCCGCCCUGCUUCCCCCCUCCCUCCGCCCUGCUUCCCCCCUCCCUCCGCCCUGCUUCCCCCCUCCCUCCGCCAUGCCUCCCCCCUCCCUCCGCCCUGCUUCCCCCCUCCCUAUGCCCUGCUUCCCCCCUCCUUCUGCCAUGCUUCCCCCCUCCCUCCUCUCUGCUUCCCCCCUCCCUAUGCCCUGCUUCCCCCCUCCUUCUGCCAUGCUUCCCUCCUCCCUCCUCUCUGCUUCCCCCCUCCCUAUGCCCUGCUUCCCCCCUCCUUCUGCCAUGCUUCCCCCCUCCUUCUGCCAUGCUUCCCCCCUCCCUCCGCCCUGCUUCCCCCCUCCCUAUGCCCUGCUUCCCCCCUCCUUCUGCCAUGCUUCCCCCCUCCCUCCUCUCUGCUUCCCCCCUCCCUAUGCCCUGCUUCCCCCCUCCUUCUGCCAUGCUUCCCCCCUCCUGCCAUGCUUCCCCCCUCCCUCCUCUCUUCUUCCCCCCUCCUUCUGCCAUGCUUCCCCCCUCCUGCCAUGCUUCCCCCCUCCCUCCUCUCUUCUUCCCCCCUCCUUCUGCCAUGCUUCCCCCCUCCUGCCAUGCUUCCCCCCUCCCUCCUCUCUUCUUCCCCCCUCCUUCUGCCAUGCUUCCCCCCUCCUGCCAUGCUUCCCCCCUCCCUCCUCUCUUCUUCCCCCCUCCUUCUGCCAUGCUUCCCCCACCCUCCGCCCUGCUCACCGCCACCCUCAGAGAGGUGA